AUGGCUGCCGAGUGGUCCCACGACUUCUGCCUCACCUGCGACAAGCAGAUCGAGCACGGCGCCUACUGCUCGCAGGCCUGCCGCCUCGCCGACCUGGACAAGGCUACCGACUACACCUCCGCUGCCUCGUCGUAUGCCUCUUCGACUGGCAGCUCCGGCUCCGGCUUCUACUUCUCCGCCUACAAGACCGCCACGUCGGCACCCUCCAGCCCCAACCUCUACUCGCCUAGGCAACAGUACUUCUCGCACUCGUCGUCGCCCUCGACAUCGUCCACCGCCAGCGACUCGUCGAAGCGUAGCCUCACGCCGUCGUCAUCCCAGACAUCACUGACAUCGAUGGCUGCCUCUGCCACCCAGGGCCUCUCGGCCCAGGCCGCUAACGAGCUGAGGGGUUACGCCCAUGCCUUUGACCAAGUCCGCGAUAUCCGGAGACGGAAGCAGUCGGCCUAA